CUAAUACCACACAGUCUAUGGUUAAUACACAGUCACCAGAUGACUGUGGAACCAAUAACAUCGCAUACCUUUCCGCCCGGAACUGUUACAGUGUUGCACACUCAUUUCUGUGUGUUUUGAUUGUUUUCGGCUAAAACAGAAAGUUUUUCGCUAUUUAACGCAAAUUUUACAAUCAGAAAAUCCUCAGACCAGGCCGGAACAACGUGAGCCCUGCUGAUAAAGAAAAUGAACGAGUGGAGUCCCCUGGCGAAGGUCUACGACCCCCUUAAGGCUGGCAGUAUUGACAGCACUGAUGUGGAGCCCCACGACAGAGCGAUAUGGCGAGCAAUGAAUGCCCGGUACCGGCCCAACAAAGCCGUAACGGGGGACCCUCAGCUCACACUGUUCGUGGCACGACUGAACAAGCAGACGUCUGAAGAGGACCUGAAUAACGUGUUCUCCACGUUUGGAGACAUCCGCAGGGUACGACUCGUCCGGGAUGCUGUCACUGGCUUCUCCAAGGGGUACGCCUUCAUCGAGUACAAGGAGGAACGCUCCCUGAUGAAGGCUUGGCGAGAUGCUAAUAAGAUGGUGGUGGACCAGAGUGAACUGUUUGUGGACUUCGAGCUGGAGAGAACCCUGCAGGGCUGGAUCCCCCGGCGCCUUGGUGGAGGCCUGGGUGGGAAGAAGGAGUCUGGACAGCUGAGGUUUGGAGGCAGAGACAGACCCUUCAGGAGACCCAUUAACCUGGGUGGGCCGAUGCCUCAGGGCAGGCCUGGAGAACGCAGGUGGGAAGGGGGCGGUGGUGGUGGAGGAAGCAGGGAGGAGAGGCCGAGGGACUGGGACAGGGAAAGAGACAGAGACCGGGAUGCAUCUCUAGGACGGGACAAGGACAGAGACUAUGGGCGGAGACGGGAGCAGAGAGAUGAUUGGGAACGAGGGAGCGAACGAGGCUCUAGAGAUUACCAUAAAGACAAGAGGGACUCCAGACGAUACAGGGACAGGAGUAACGAGAGAGAACCGAAACGAGAAAAAGAGGAAAGAAGAUAUCGUGACUCUUACAGAGACUCUGACAGAAGAUGAGUUAUCUGGACUAUUUCACAAAUUUAGAACUUCUCAUUUAAACUGGACACUUAUGGUGGUAAUAAAAUUAGGACUGUUUGAUAAAAAUGUCCCUUACUUCAGGACAUAUUGGAAAGUUUUAAGUUUGCGCUCAAUAGAUCUAAGCUGCUCUGUGAAAAAGGGCCUUUAACUGUCCACAGUUUCUCAUUUCUAGAGUAAUUGAUGCAUCUUGGAUUAUAAGAUAAUUAGAUGGGGACAAUUUUCCUAAAGUUUUAAUUAAUCCAUUGUAAAAUGUUGUGAUGUAUUGAAUCAUAACCACGGGAUUGUGAUAAGGAUUGUAUCAAGUUACAUUAUGGUUUUGACCAUCUUUCAAGUGAAAUAUUGUGUGAUUACGUUUCCCGUGGAAUGUAAAGAAUGCUGCUCUGAACUGUGGGAUAUGUAGACAGGGUCUUGUGCACUUAAUGUGGAUUUGAUUUCUGCUAAAGUUGCUUAUUGCUAGUCACUGUUUCCCCAGUCCAUUACACAGUUUCUGCAUUAAACUGCUGCCUCACUUAAGGUGGAAUUAAACACUCAGGAAAUUUGCUAA